UUACGACGUGCAAUAGGAUGUUCUUCUCUUGUAUGAGGAGGCAGCUCAGGAAGUGGUGGAGGAUCCGGAAUUUUUUAUACCAUUGGUGUAUUAUCAGUUGCUACUGGUGCCACUCUAGUAUAUGCAAAAUAUGAUCCAGAAUUUCGGAGGUGGCUGAACAAUCAAGUACCAUGGUCAGAACCUGUCCUAGAAUUUGUGUUUCAAGAAAAAGAGGAUUGGAGUACAGUGCUUCAAAACAUUCUUGACAGUGUGAGUCAGAGAACCCACAAAUUAAUCUCAGGCUUCUCAUCAAAACAAGAGAUCAAAGAAACUUGUGAAGAAGAAAAAGGAAAGAAAGAAUUUAUUCCACCUCGAUCAGUGUUCUCCGCUCUCCUCUCCCAGCCUACAGACUCAGCUGAAAAGCCUUGGGCAGAAGUCAGAGUUUUAUCUGAGUCAACAGAUGGAACACAAUGUGACCCAGAAAUAGUUCUGAUUAAUCUGAAUCAGAUUGUUUUGCAAGGAGAUGAAAAUGUUAUAUUGAAUUUAAUGUUUUUAGUUACUGGAGAAAGGGAAAAACCUGCAGCAAAAGAUCCAGCGCAGUUACCUGAAACACAUCCUUUGAAUUUGGUUGAUCUGGAAAAGAAAAUCCGGGAAUCGGCCACAAUUGCAGUGAAUUCAUAUCGUGAAGCAGCAUGUGCAGUACGAGAAACUGGUUUGGAUAUACUUACUUUAGUUGAACAAUCUGUUCAGCAAACUGAUGAGAAAGGACUGCAAAAUAUUAAAGCAAAAUAUGAGAGGAAAGAAGUGCUGGUAAAACAAGCUGAAAAUAAGGCACAAACUGCCAUAGAUAAUGUGACCAGACUAAAAGAAAUUGUUGAAACAAAACCUCUUGAUGCUCCAGAAAAUAUGAAAGCAUCUGCAUUGCGAAAUGUUGAAAGAGUAAUGGAAGAGAUUUCAACUGCCAAAGACGAUCUGGAAAAGGAGAAGAAAAAUGCUUCUAUGGCAGAGAAAUACUGGAAAAAAGUUGAAGCAGCAAGGAAGCAUUAUAUUGAUGAACUUCUCAUUCUCUUCCCGGAUGUGAGACUCAGCGACAAAGACUGGCGAAUCAACAAACAAGACCUGGAUUUAUUUAUUUAUUACUGCUUUCAAAAUGUUCUCUACUAUCAGAAAGAAUUAGCAAAGAUUGAGACCCUUCAAGCUGAAAAACUCAAUUCAGCGCUUAGAGGUAGUGGAGAGAAAGUUGAUAAAGAACUGCUUGAUGCAACUGUUACUGAUGCGUUGGAGAGACAGCAGAGAGAAUUAGAAUUACAAUUUCAGAAAAGGAUUUUGGAAAUUCAGCAAGCAGUUGACAAGGAAAUGAGAAUUCAGUUAAAGAGGCAGGCUGAGGCGCAUAGUGACCAUGUGUGUGAUGCUCUUGCAAUGAGAGAAAAAGAAUUAGAACGCAAGUUUUUGCGCCAAGAAGAAGAAAAACUUUCAGCUGAGCAGGAUAAGUUCAAACAUCAGUUAGCUGGUAUGAUUGGUCGUCUGCAAGGAUUGGAAUCAGCCUUAAAAGCUCGUGCUCAUAUUGACAAAGGUGCUCAUCAAGCUCAGGUGCUAUGGAGUGCCUGUCAAGCUUUACAUUGUGCUUUGAAGCACUCUCAACCUGGAAUGCCAUGGCAAGAACAGCUGCGACCAUUGCAAAAUGAGAUCACUGCUGUGCAGAAAGCUGCUUUGGAAGAUGAUGAACUUGUAAGUGCUGUCUUGGGAGGAAUACCAACUGAAGCAAAAACACGUGGUGUAUUUUCGGAAACUGCACUGCGUGAGCGCUUUCUUCAAGUGGAGAGCGCAGCACGAAAAGUAGCAUUGGUGCCAAGUGAAGGAGCAUCGUUACCUGUCUACUUUUUGUCCUAUCUUCAAAGUGCCUUGCUUAUCAAGGCUGUUAAUCCAAUCCCACAGUCUGAACUUCUCAACGAACCAACAAGUUUUGACAAACUAGACACGUAUGAUGUUUUACAAAGAGCAAGGUACUGGAUGGAGAGAGGGAACAUUGAGCAAACUUUGCGAUACAUGAAUCUUCUGUCUGGUGCUUCAAGAUCUGUUGCACAAGAUUGGAUGACUGAAGCUCGCAUCUUUCUAGAAACAAAGCAAGCAGCAACUGUCUUAAUGACCCAUGCAGCAGCUGCUGGCCUUCUCUAUGUUUAAUAGAGAAGUUUUGUAGAAUGGAAACUAAACAUUAUUUUCAUAACAUGAUGUAUACCUCACAUUCAAACUGCAUGUACAAAGCAUGCACAUAGAAAGACAUCUGAAUUCAGAGGUGGAGAAAAAAUAACUUUCAGGAAGAAGAAUUUAUUAAUUUAUUGAUUAUUCCAACUGCCGUUUCCUUUAUGAAAAGUUUCCAAUUAUCUGCUCUGUCAUUAGUGUCAAACAAAAGGUUAACCAAUUAUUCCUUUGUGCUAGUCAAGGUGUAUUCCUUGAAAACAAUAUUGUAACCUGUGAUUUUGAAUUUGGAAAACUUCUGAAUAAUCAGCUAUUUGAAUGAAGAAUUUAUUAAUGUAAUAUUGUAAACUAUAUGGUCCUUUUAUCAGUCACAGGAAGUGCAAUAUUAAAUUCAAUUUUUUUAUUUUUUUUUUAAAUUAAUUAUUUCUCUGUAUCAUAUGUCAUUGUAGAAACACAUGGCUAAUUUAAGCAGAAAUAUGUUCUGCUCACACCCUUACUACUUUUUACAAUGCUUUAAUGUAAAUAAUAUGUAUAAAUACACAUUUAAUGUAGUAAAUUAAAAUUUAUUUUGUUAUGGCAGUUGAUAUGAGAAUUUGGAAUAGCCUACAUGUUGUACAAGAUAUAAAUGUCAUUCCUACUGAAAUUUUGUAAUUUUUACAUCAUGUUACUAAGAAUAUAUCAUUAAUGUAAAUAUUAAUUUGUCAGAAUGUUCUGCAAUGGUGGCAAGAUACUUGGACAAGUCUCCCUCUGUCAAUAGUUUGCUUUUAAAUAUUAUAUAUUUGUCGUCAAUUCAGUUUAUUGAAAAUUUUAAUUACCAAAAAUGCUUACCAACAAAAUCAAUGAAUUGGAAAGAAAAAUGUGCAAUCAGCAGUAACAUUCCUUGUUGCAUUUCUUUGAAACCUUACUCAUUUGGUCCAUCAAUGGUGUCCAGUCUACCAACCUGGUUUCCCCAACAAUACAAAAAUGUGAACAAAUUUACCCAACACCUCUAGUAGCAUUGUUUUAUGUAUUUCAGUACUUAUAAAGGUAGACAAUUUAUAGUGUUCUGAAAAAUGUUCUUAAAAUAUACUUUUAAGAUUCACACAUCACAUCUUAAAGAAGGUAUGUUUCCUUUUAUAAAAUAUCUUUAAGCUUCAGAUUAUCUAUAACCGCAAAUAAUCUCCUUCCAGAUUGAUUGUUAAAAUUCAACACAAUUCUACAUUAUUCUACACUAUUAUUCUUCCUUAUGCAUUGAAUUGUUCUCAAACAUGUGUUAACUUUGAAGUUUACACUUGAAACUGCAGCACCCACUUAUGGAAUACAUUUUGGGUCCCAAAAUUGUAUUCAUUUUCACACAGUGAUCGCAUUAGCAUAAACAAAGUGUGAUAAAUUAGUGUAACACGAAUGAUUCUAAUGUCUGAAUUCAUGAAAGGAAUGAAGGAAGGAUGAAAAAACACAAUAUAUGUAUAUUUUUCUAUUUUCCUAGGUCUUACAUACUAAUGAAACUAUGUAAGUGAAAUAGCUAUAUUCAAGUACAAAUAUAAACAAAUCAGUUCAACAAGCUACAAAACAAUCUAAAUGAAGAUUCACAGUUGCCCAGUAUCUCUGUGACACCCUAAUGCCCUAAGACGUACUUUAAAUCCUUUCAAUGAUGUUGUUUAUUCAUUUUGUUAAAUGCUCUGGAGGAAAACAGAUGCUUAAUGGGAAAUGAUUAACUGUCCUUCAAACUAUUGCGAACUCAACAUUAUCAUACAUUACCCAUAGAUCAUUUACUAUUUAUCUAAAUAUAAAGAUUAAGAAACUUUCUACAUCUUUAAAUUCUUCAUACAUCUUUCAUGAUAACUAUCAAGAUGGUGAUAAAACUAUCACUCUUUAUUUCUUCUGAUACCACUUGUAAAACAUGUACUUGCAAUCGGAUGAUUCAACUGUCAAUUAUAGAAGUUUAAUUUUUGUGACAGAUGAUUUGUGUUUUCAUGUGAUACAAAAUGCCUGUACAGAGGAAUAUUUGUUCUGUUUAAAUUACAUGGUUUUGCUUGUUUUAAAAUGUGUAUUUGUAUUUCUACCUGUUUCAUGACUAGGUAGUGAGGUUAAUUGAAAUGUAAAAUUUGGAAUUCUCUAGGUGGGUUCCUGUGGUAUCAAAAUUGUAUAUAAAGCACUAAACACCUAACUCUUUGGUACUGAAGCCCUCUUCAGAGAUGGAUGAUGUGAAAAUUAAAAGCAUUGGAAACUUGUCAUUCUUGAAAUUGAGUUCCACACCUUAUAACAUGCCACAGGGCUCCCCUAAAAUUAAAUAUGAAUUGGGUGGUAACCACCUAAAGAAGUUGUUGAGGCUCAUUGGAAAGAUUGGGUGGUAAUUAUAUUUCUUCAAGGUCUGCCACAGUGGCCUUUUUCUAAUAAUGCAAUAAUGAACAGUGAUGAUGCAUUGUUUUCUUAACCAAGUUAGUAAGUUGUUCAAAUAUCACAACUCUUCCUAAAGGGUUUUAGUGAGCAGUUGACUUUUAGAAGCAGGAAAUUAAUAAAACAAAAACUUAAUUUUAAGAAAAUAAACUAUUAAAUUACUGUUUUAUUUAUAUUGAGUUGUUGGGUGCAAAUUAUAAGAUAAAAGUUUCAAAUUUUGAGAAACUAGAGAAUGUGCAAGGCUGCAAUUUGUUUUUAGCUCUUUGUGAUGUGUCACAUGAGAUUCCUUAAAAAACAAAGGAAAAUAAGUAAUUUUUUAAAUUUUCCCUUAUUUUUGUUGAUUUUUAGGGUAUAAAAGCCUAAAAAAAUUCUUAAAACUUUCUUUUAUCAUCCUCAGAAGCUCGAAAGAAUUAUUAAUUUCAAUUUUCAUAAGCAUAAUGUGGUUAAAAAAUGUAAACUGAUACAAGAAGCUUAAAAGCACGUUUUUUUCAUUAGUGCAAAGUUCUUUGGG